AUGUUACCUCCAGAAGUGUGGCUCAACAUCUGCUCGUAUCUCGACACCAACUCAUUGCGUGCCGUCUCACUCACCUCAUGGAUGCUACAUCAGUGUGCGAGUACUCGAUUAUGGAAUUCGCCAACCAGACCCUUGCAUGCUGUACGUCAUGUGAUCCCAGCGGGCUGGGCAGCGACGGAAACCACCACGGAAGUUAUCGAUCCAAAUUCGCCUCCGCCUACUCCAGAGCCAACCAACCCUCUGUUUUCAGACUAUGACCGACGCAGUGUCGGGCUUUUGAAUACCCUAAACAAAACCCCCGACAUUGAGCUGUAUUGUCGUCACUUUGUUCGUCGUCUGCUGCUGGUGUACAAUUCGUCAGACCCCUGGUGCACGCUGGAUAGCGAGUUUGGACAUGCCAUGUUGACCAAUACCAAUUUUCAAACGCUCAAGGAUUUGACCAUAUGCAUUUUUGGAAACGGUUCAAGCACUGAUCAUCACCUGGUUAAACUCCAAGAUGCUUUCUUUCAGUGGUGCUACAGAGAAGAAGGAAGAAACGUGCACAUCACCUGUAAAAACAGCACGUUUCUGAGCGGAGAAAGCAUCGAUAAGUCGGUAUAUCUGGCCUUGCAUUCAGUCCAGCUAGCUCGAAUCAGUAAUGAGGGACUGAAUCAAUUGCUUAUGAACAGCAGUAAUCUCAAAUACUUGAGUGUCUGUUCAUCUUCGAUAAGUUCUCUCAAGAUCUGUCUACGACACAUGACAGGAUUGGAAUAUUUGGAUAUGGAUUUGCCACUGUUUUCACGAAUUGUAGGCAUUCCAGUUGGCCUUAAGACUCUCAAAAUAACAGGGAUCGACGAGUUACCUACAAGACUACUCAAGCUGGUUGAGAACGUCCAUCGACUAUAUCUCGAGAUUGAGGGACUGGAAACGGAGGGUUUCUGUCAGACGUCUCUUGAGACUGAGUUUGACUUUGUUAUGGAGUCAGUUCGAGAGUUACACAUUGUCGGUGGCGUUUCUGACCUGGUCGUUCUAAAACUUCUUGAUAUCACUCCUCAGGCUCGAGUUUUGGUUGUUCGAGAUGCUCAGCCGUUAUCUGACCAAGCGUGCUUUGAGUCACUGCAUUGCAAGAAAAACCUCGAGAUGAUUUCAUGGUCAACUCAGGAGGAGAGUGUUAUUAUCAACUGA